AUGUCUCCUUUCAUGGCAUUGUAUGGUUACGAGGCCCCUAGCUUUGCUGAUUUGAUGAUUGGAGAUAGAAAAGCCCCCCAAGCUAGGGAUAUGGUGCAGCAGUGUCAGGAUAUUUUGAAGGCUCUGAAAAAUAACCUCCACAUUGUGCGGAAUCAGCAAAAGUUGUAUGUUGAUCAACAACGUGUAGAGCGAUCGUUUGAGGUUGGAGACAUGGUCUACCUGAGACUUCAGCCUUUCAGACAGUCUUCUCUCAAGAAGAGUAGAGCAGAAAAGCUUAAGCCACACUUCUAUGGACCAUUCCGAGUCACCAUGAAGGUUGGUGCAGUGGCUUACAAGUGGGAGCUACCACAGAAUAGCAAAGUUCAUAAUGUCUUCCACAUGUCUCGCCUCAAGAAGGCACUCAGACACAACGUAGUGGUCUCUUCAUAUUUACCCCCUUUGGAUCAGGAAGGGCAGUUGGUGCUGAUUCCAGAAGAGAUUAUUGAUUUCAGAGAGCGCUCCUUGACAAGAAAGACAUUCAGAGAGUUUUCUGACAAUAUGACACGCAACUUCAUAUGA